AUGAUCAUCUCCAACGCGGUGUGGCGGGCGGUGGAUCUCGAUGCGGACCCCGUGUUUCGCGAUCUGGCUCGCUUCUCCUCGAUCACAGUGCUCUCCCUUCGUGACGUCGGCUUCCCGACGAUUUUGACGCUUGGCCGGAUUCACUCGGCAACCUUUCGAUGCUUCCACCAUCUCCCAAUUCCGUCUUUUGCCAUGCAAGCAGCUCGAGAUGCUGUCCCUGAGCACGUUGUGCAACGUCACCGUGCCGACUCCUCUUACGUUGAACGGCCAGGGUGCGUCGCUACAUGCAGGUGUCUGCACCUUGACAAGUCGGACGUCGGAUUUGAGGGACGGGCGGACGAGCUAAGAGCGUGCUUGCCGAAGCUCGAUGAACGCGGUAUUCUGCGGUGUGUAUUAAUGCAGUUUAUGUCCAGGGUCGGAGUGCACUGGGACAAUAAGACCGGUUCUUGGAAACAUUACGGGGUAGGGAGGCGCGCCGCACAGGGCACUGUAAUGACCGAAGAAGUGAGCAUGGCUGAUGGCGGCACCUGUGUAUCCCCUUGCGACGACUCAGAGGCAGGUCACCUCAGCAUCAGCAGCAGAUACGGCGGCUGCUUCGGAAACAUGCUUAGGGACCCUGCAGCAGAUGAGCUUGCUGAUCCGUAUUUUUCCGUUUGCUAUCUGCGUGCCUCAUGCCCUUACGAGCCCUCAAUGCCCAUAGGAUUCACAUUCAUCAUCUCGCGAACCUCAAACUCCCGCUCUGAUAUGCCAAUUCCAAACGAGAUUUGCAGCGCCGUUCUUCCCUCCGCGCGUAAGACGGAUACGAACUGGGAGAAAGCCAGAAUUGCUACGCCUUUCCGUGAUUUUGCGCGACUGAUGCGUACAAGCCUCGCUGUUGGCCGUCACGCCAAGCGCGACUCGCAACGGACAACCUCGCAUUCAAAGCUGGUUUUUUGGCUUUUCACCAGAUGUCGGCAGAAAGACAAUGUUUAG